AUGGACACGCCACAAGACGAGCCGCAGCUUACCUCACAGGCUAACACUACCUCAUCAUGCGCCCACUGCGGAAAGCCAGCCACGGACUGCUGCAACGACUGCAAAGACGUUCCACGCUCACAUUCCACAUUUUACUGCGACAGCAGUUGUCGGGAAGCUCAUUGGACAUCACACAAGGGAACCUGCGAGAGCCUUCAGGUUCGGAAGGCGUUCUACCGAGCUGCAGAUCUUCUAAAAGAAUUAUGGCAUGCAUUUCGUCGGGCGUCAUACGAAAUUCCUAUAUCGAAGGUAGAAGUCAAAGACGGCAACCUACUUGUCUUCACAAAAGACAGGAGAGAAACGGUCUCCGAGAGCAGGGCGCACGUAGCGUUCCGAUUCCCUUGGAACAAGAUCCCGUCUGGAUGGGACACAGAGGCAAUUUCGUGUAGCUUGACGUCCUGGGAUGCCUUGGCGUACAUGCACAAGACCAUCAAGUACUUCCUUAACGGACUCGUCUCAGAUAUCGAGACAAGUGUCACCGAGAAAACUGUCAAGUUGAAGAACAAAGCCUGCGAAGUCAGAUACAUUGCGUCAGACGGUUCUUGUAAUGUUGCGGACAAUGUGCACCACUUUCUUUCAGUUCUACGGAGUAACGGCGAACACUACGUUCUGGACCUCACGGGAGCUCAAUAUAGCUGGUACGAAGCGGCAAUGCCACUCAGUGAAUACAUCGAGGAGCGUGUGGAACCUGACAGAAUCACUACAAAUCCAUUUGGCAGCAACAAAGCUCUGACAGACCUUUCUGUCGCAGCCUACUUCAAAGGUCAGCCGCAAAACUCUCAGGCUCCACUUAGAGCAUUCCGCUAUGAACUCGAAGAAGGAUUGGAGAAGUCAUUCAAGAGCUUUCACAGGACCAUGUUGAGAGAGGAUCCUACAUUCACGGUGAACAAGUACUUGAAGACUCAGGGUAACUAUUUCGAAUGGGAUGAAAAUGAGCUAUGGGAGUACCUCUCCAAAUUGCCCGAGCUCGAUGACGAUGAACAUCAACAUGCAUAUCGCGUGGGUACGACAGAGAAGGCAAAUGCCAAGUACCAAAAAGAUAUCAUCACGUUCAGGAGGAACCUGGAAGAUUCCAGGAAGGAUGCUCUAGCCUUCAAAUUCUUUUUCUGA